AUGGAGGAUGACAAUUUUAUGAAUGAGUCUGCCGUCAUUGUUAACGGGAGCGGAUAUUUUUACUACGAUUACAACUUUAAUUAUGAGGAAACACAACUUGAGAAAGCGUUGAAAUGGUUUGAAACUGCUUUUAUGGUGCCAAUCGGAGUUUUGGGAAAUAUUCUUAUAUUGUGUGUAUUGUCGAAGAAGGUGUAUUGGAAAUCGUCAACGGCCGUAUUCUUGGCAUCGCUCGCUGUUUCGGACAUACUUAUAUUAGUGUCGGGGUUCUACAAUAUCAUUGUACCCCCUAAUAUUUCAAAGAUACAUUGCAAAAUUAACCUAUCUAUUUGGAUAAGCAGUUCACAAACAUCGUCGUGCAUUCUUGCUACGGUGGCACUUGAAAGGGCAUUUAGUGUCAUGCAACCACUCAAAGCAAGAGCGGUGCUUACACCAAAAAAGGCUAAACUUUUAGUUAUUUUUAUAUUUUUGUGUGUGUAUGGACUGAACGCUAUUAUGUUUGCAAAAUAUGAAUUUGACGAGGACGAUGGCUUCGAAAAAAUGUACUGCCCAACAGGAGAACCAACAGGAGAAACAAUUGCGGGCUCUAUUGUCCACGUAUACCCUUGGGUAGAUUUUUGUAUAGGGUUUGCUCUCCCCUUUAUAGUCAUUAUUGUUUGUUCAAUUAUCAUCAUUAUAAAGAUAAAACCAGAUAAAGUUCUCCGACAAAAGAUGGAAAGUAAGCAGAUUUCCUCUGUUUCGAUUACUCUUCUCUCGGCCAACGCCUGUUUUAUCGUCACACUUGCUCCAAGUCGAAUUUACAACAUUAUGUUCCCAAUACCAACCCUUGGUGAUGAACAAUUCACAGCAUUUCUAGUACUGUCAAUGGUAUCACAAAUCAAUGCUGCUGUCAACUUUUUCGUUUACUUUUUUAAUGCGACGAAGUUUAGAACAGGUGUGUAUGAUCUUUUCUGUUGUAGAUAA